AUGCCACACUCACUUCCAUCAUCGCCGAAGUCAGUUCCCAGAAAUGGUGGCAAUGGUAUCACCAAAUUUACCAACUGUCGCAUUCUGAAGGGUGCCAGACUUGUCGACGAGGAUCUUUGGGUAAACUCUGUUACUGGCAAGAUUGUCCGCAGCCAAGCUGCUUUCUACGAUGACUUGCACCUCCCCGAUGAGACAGUUAACCUCGGUGGACGUAUCGUGUCGCCCGGCUUUAUCGAGUGCCAGCUCAACGGCGCGUAUGGCUUCAACUUCUCAACCUUGCUAGAACCUGCAGCAUAUGCCAAGAAGGUCAAGGACGUGAACAGGCGGCUUAUACAGACCGGCGUCACAAGUUAUGUGCCGACUAUCACAAGCCAGACUAGCGAGCUGUAUAAAAGUGCCUUGCCAUCUCUGGCGCCUUCGGGUGAUCUUCAAUUAGCGGAAGAUGGUGCAGAAUCCCUCGGAGCACACGUCGAAGGUCCUUUCUUGAACCCAGGCAAGAACGGUAUACACAAUGUUGACGUUUUGUUACAAGCGGACUCGUUCGAUGAUUUGGAAGAAUGCUACGGCUCUUCGAACAUCAACCCUGACGAACAUGGAAGCCCUCCCGUCAUUAGGAUGAUCACAGCGGCACCAGAGCUAGGCAACAUGACAUCUCUGAUCCCCGAGCUCACCCGUCGGGGGAUUGUUGUCUCUAUUGGGCACUCUGAAGCUACCUACGAAGAAGCAUCAGCGGCCGUGAAGGCGGGCGCCACUAUGAUCACACACCUGUUUAACGCGAUGCGCCCUCUGCAUCACCGUAACCCAGGCAUCUUCGGUGUGCUGGGCAUCGCGGAAAGUCUGCCACGACCAUACUUUGGCAUCAUAGCCGACGGGGAGCACCUGCACCCCACGACAAUCAAAAUCGCCUUCAAUGCACACCCAGAUGGGUUCAUACUGGUCACGGAUGCCAUGCACAUGGUGGGACUGCCUGAUGGUGCGUAUCAAUGGACGAACGGUGACUGUACGAAUCACAUCGUCAAGAAGGGACCAAAGCUACUUUUGGAAGGCUCGGAUAGGAUAGCCGGCAGCUCGAUCACCCUGAUUGAGUGCGUCAACAAUUUCCUGAGAUGGUCAGGGCAGAGCAUACCGCACGCGCUGAGGGCUGUCACGUCUACGCCAGCAGCCAUGCUCGGGCUGCAAGGUCAGAAAGGAUAUCUAGAAGAGGGCGCAGAUGCUGAUCUGGUUAUCUUGUCGGAGCAUUUCCAUAACAGUAACAACACGGAUGUAGAGUUGAGCGUUGACGAAGUCUGGAAGUUUGGCACGAAAGUCUUCACGAGCUAA